GCUCCCACUUGCUCCAAAAAACACAGUGCUGCCAGAGAAGCUCAAGACUGGAGCCAGCGAAGCAACAGGAAGCAAGACACUUCAUCGCUUGGAGCUCAACUUACUCAAACUUGCAGAAAGUCACUAAGGGAUGGGAACUUUCCUACUUACUCGCAGACCACUAACUGUCAUGUGGACCUACCUUCAUCAAUGGCAUUAUCUUGGCGAUUAAGAAACAUGAGAAGAAGACCGCUCUCACUAGAGUCAAUUAUCUGGACGGAAUUAUCAGGAGAAAAUGUGAAGAAACAUUCUGCAGGAUAGAAGAGAUACUGUCGGAAAGAUGAACCCAGAAUCCCUGGACUCGUCCAUCCAGAGUGCCCUGUCGGCUCUGUUCCCACCCUUUGAGGUCACAGCGCCCACCGUCCUCAGUCAGCUGUUUAGGACCAUCGAGGAGCGUUUCCACGGUGACGCACUCCACUGCUUGCUGGACUUCCUCAUCCCGUCCAAACACCUCUUGGAGAGUGUGCAGCAGGCGGCGUGUGCUGCAUACUCAGAUGUGCUGUUCCGUUGUGAGGGCUGGCCCCUGUGCCUCCGUGACAGGACCGUGAUCCAGCUGGCCCCCCUCAACCCUCUCCUGCUGCGCCCCGGAGACUUCUACCUGCAGGUGGAGCCCUUUGGCGAACAGGCAGCCCGCAUUGUCCUCAAGAGUCUCCUGGAGGAGGGCUGCCACGAGGUGGAGGAGACCCCCAUCCCCGACACCACUUACCCCUAUAUCUUUACCCUUGAUUGGCUGAGGGAGGUGAACGACGGCCGCCAUGGCACCCCGCUCUCCCACUGCCUGCUUUCCACCGACCAGGGAGUGAUGAAGGUGCCCUGGGCGCAAGUGGCAAUCCCCGAGUUUCUGGUCAAGCACAAGACCAUGACUACAUCAAGUGUUAUCCGGGACGGUCCGUUUGAGUCACGAAAGUUGCAGAUUCCAUCCUCUUCCGACUCUACCGCUUCCGCCCUUUCUCUGGAGACCAUGAUCCUUCCUGCCAGGGACGGGAUAUCUGUGUCCUUGCGACUCAUGGACGGUACCUCGAAACUAAUCAAGGGUGACCAUGAAAAAUCUGUCACCAAACCGCAUGCCAAACCACUAGUCAAGCCUGUGGGCUGGGUGUCGCCCAACACCUGGGACACCAGCUGGAACUACUGCGAGAUUGAAGGUGACUAUGUGGAUUUAGUGGAGUUCUCCAAGGAGAAAGAGUCUCCUGCCGGAUGCAGUAGGACUCCCAAACCUUCUAAUCCUCCCCCUUUGUUCAAACCGGUCAGGCCCCCUCCUCCUAUACCACUUGGGAGCAGCACACCCUGUGGGUGCACCCUCAGGUUUUCGGAGGAGCCUUGCACACCAUGCAGCCAGAGGAGGCUAGGGCAGGAGCCUAGUGGGCAUGAACUAAAGUGCAGGUAUAGGGACUCUUACCUAGCAGCACUGCGCAACCCAGUUCCCUUUGAGAGGGGGAGCUUAGGACUGCUAGCUGCUCUGGAGGAGUCCGGCCCCUGCGGAGGGGAGGAGUCGGGCUUCAAGGGUCACGCCAGAGGUCUGGGUCAGGAUCACUGGGAGUGCUGUAACCACUAUAAGGAGCCUAGUGUAAGUCACGAGCCACACCAACAUGGGCACUUUGCUAAGGAAUCCCCAAACCUAAAUCACAUACCACACAAAUUAAACAAACCUUCCUUAACUCACAAACCAGGAAAACAUACUAAAGAACCUCAAGUCAUUCAUAAACUCUGCCAAGUGGAACCUCAUUACCAGGAACUUCAAACAAACCACAAAGCCCAUCAAACAGGACCUGACUCAAUGCUAAUGUUACCUCCGGGGGGCCAUCACCAGGGCGUGGUUGAUGCCUUUGACUGUGACUUCACCUCCAAGCCAGUUUGGAACCCGGAGGCAGUGAAAACCAUUGGUAAACACAAGGCCAAGCCCAGGGCACUCUCCACUGUGUCCGAGACUGCCAGAGGAAGUCCUCUGGUCCACAAACUGAACAACAGGAGCCACAGCGGACCUGACACCAAACUCCAGAGUCCAAAGACCAAGCCCUCAGCGCCCCCAAUCCUACCCCCCUCCCCCAUACACAGAGCUCCUCCAUAUCCUCCCUCCCAAGAAUCCAUCUUCAGAAGUAUCAGUGGCCUACUUCACCUGGGCUUCGUCAGUCUACCAGGUAGCAGAGACAGGGUGGGCAGGGCCGUGCUGGAGGUCCAUGGGACCAGGCAGGCCUGGAUGUCUCCUCUGCUGUCUGCCCAGGAGGUGUGUAAAGUGCUACUUUACCUCCACUCCAUCCCCAGGAAAGAGGUCCGGGACCUGGGAAUGACAGUGGUGAUCAAUGCCAGGAAGAUGCACCCUCCCUCCCUCUUCUACAAAGCCCUAAUGAUGGUUCAGGAACAAGCCCUGAAUGCAGUCCAUAGUGUGCUGAUACUGGUGGAUAAAGACACAAGCCCUCGCCCUGAAAGACACCCUGGGCUACAGAUGGAAGUGUUGACCUCUCUGAAGGCCCUGCACAAGAUGGUGGAGGGACAACAGCUGACCUCUGACCUAGGCGGGAACUUUCCCUACAGCCACACUGAUUGGCUGCAGUUUCACCAGAAACUGGUUUCCUUUGUGUCGGACUUGCAAGGGGCAGCCCAUUUACUACAUAGAGCAAUCAAGAAAAUUGAUGGUAAUCCAAAAACGGACACCGCCCAGGAUGUUCAGCUAUCUAUUCAAGAUCAGAAGACCUCAAUGAAAGAGGUUCUGCAGGAUGCCCGAUUGGUCCCUUUACAGAGAGAAGGUGGGGCCAUUCUGACCAGAAUGAGGAGGGAGGAGUUUCGAUUUACCAAGUCCGACGACUACAGGGAUGCCUUGGACUCGGUGACGGUCCUAUAUAACCAGGUGGAGGAGAAUGUUCACACCCUGGUGAUGAAGUCCAAUGAAUCACUACAGUAUCUGGACUUCCUGCUCAAACUCAGGGAGGCGGAGUCAAAUCUUAACACGGCCAAGGCAUGGUUUGAUACAGAAGGAGAGCAAUGGCUGAAGUUCUCCAACUCCACUGAGGACACACUGGAGAGUGUGAACCAAGCCCUUCAGCGCUUUGACACCGUCCUCACUCAGGCCAAGGAGAAGAAACAGGAGACCUUGACCCUGGUGAUGGAGGUGGAGAAGAUUCUGGGUUCCACCAACUCCAACCCCGAGACGGAGGUUUUUAGGACUGCUGCUGCCCUUGCCAAGGAAUGCAAGCAAUAUCUUGAGCAACUAGAGACAGGGUGCUAUCCUGCCAAAGCCUGUCUAAGCAUGCUUAAGACCUACGAGGAGCGAUUGGGUGACUGCUUCUCGUCCCGACACUUCCAGAAGAUCAAAGCCUGCAGCGUGAAGAGCUCCAGGGGGAUGAAUUUGUGGAAUGCGACCUGGGUCCAGUGCCAGGAAGUCAGCCAGUGGCUGGGGGAGAGGCUGCAGCAGGGGAAUGCAGCCAACAAAUACCAGCAGCAGCUCACAGCUGGUGGAGCUCAAGUGAAAGACAGGGUGUUGGAGACUUGGAAGGAGAGGAGAAAGAGGAGGAAGACAAGGAGGAGGCACCACAGCGAGACGGACCUCAGAACGGGGGAUCUGGUUGCUGGGUGUGAGGCCUUUCCAUGGAAACAUGGCACUUUGGGGGGAUCCCUGAGUGAGGGUUCCUGUAUCAGCUCUCCCCUGUCCUCAAAGUAUGGCUCCUCCCCCUUGUCGGCAAGACACUCCCAUAGUCAGCCCUCAGUAGUGGCCCUGCAGUCCCCCCAAAACCCUUAUGAUAUCUCCCAUAAUGGAAGCUUCUGGAAGUUGCAGAGGAUCAUGGAGGAGCUCUUGUUGACUGAGAGGGAGUAUGUACGAUCUCUAGGUUAUGUCCGAGAGCACUACUUCCCCGAGCUGGAGAGGCCUGACGUGCCUCAGGACCUAAGGGGCCAGAGGGGGAGCAUUUUCGGCAACCUGGAGAAGCUGCAUGACUUCCAUCGACACCACUUCCUGAAAGAGCUGGAGGGCUGCCUCCGAGAGCCCUUCAGGGUGGGACGCAGCUUCCUACGACAUAGAGAGUGCUUUGGUCUGUACGCCCUCUACAGCAAGAACAAACCCAAGUCAGACAGCUUACUCCUCAACCACGGCCAUGACUUCUUCAAGCAAAAACAGAUAGAGCUGGGCGACAAGAUGGACCUGUCAUCAUAUCUGCUGAAGCCGGUGCAGCGGAUCAGCAAGUACAGCCUGCUGCUGCAGGACAUGGUGAGGGAUUGUGGGCCCCACCGGGGCCGCGAGGAGGCCGAAGUCAGGCGUGCCCUUGAAGUCAUCCAGUUCCAGUUGCGCCAUGGCAACAACCUGCUGGCCAUGGACGACAUACAGGACUGUGACGUCAACCUGAAGGAGCAGGGGCAGCUGAUUCGUCAGGACGAGUUCCUGGUGUCCUUCAGGAAGAAGAAAUGUUUCCGCCACAUCUUCCUCUUCCAGGACCUCGUCCUCUUCAGCAAGACCAAGUGGACUGAUGUGGGCAAUGACACUUAUGUCUACAAACAGUCAUUUAAGACCUCUGAUAUUGGGAUGACCCAUAACUCUGGGGACAGCGGGCUGUGCUUUGAGAUCUGGUUCCGAAGGAGGAAGUCCCAGGACACGUACACGCUGCAGGCCGGGAACAGUGAGGUGAAGGAUGCCUGGACCAAAGACCUUGAGCGCAUCCUCUGGGAGCAGGCUGUACACAAUAGAGAGAUUCGUAUGCAGGAGAGGGUGUUCAUGGGUAUCGGGAACAGGCCCUUCAUGGACAUCCAGCCUAGCGAUGCGGCCAUCAACGACAGGGCAGUCAACUGUGCUCUGAUGGGAAGAGAAUCCAAGGUGUUGGCCUCCUCGGGGACGUCUAGCUCGCAGGGCGGUUGUCCUGUGCUGCGGCCUAACUCCAUUGGCUCGGGGAGCUGUUCGUCGUCUUCCGGCAGCCACUCCUCUUCGUCCUCUGGGAGAGGGUCCCUGUCGUCCGCCGUGGAGGGGUACCUGUGUGGCCCGAAGCGGAGGGGGGCAGGGGGUCACGGGGGGUACUCCCCACCCCCUGGGGUCCAGGAGGAGGAUGACAUGGACCAGGAGAGCGGAAGUCAGAAUCUACUGAUGAACAGCUCCGAGUCUUCAGGAGAGAGCGUGAGCGGCUUCAGCAGCUCCAGCCACAGCUGUCACUCCGCAAUUGGUAGAGAGGCGGAGGACUCCGUCGUCGGCCUGAAGGAGGUGCUAACCCGCAGACCCGAAGCCAACCUCCACAAGGCCAAGAGUCCCACCCGGUCCACAGAGAGAACCACCACGCCCUUGCUCCCACACAGACCACCAGCCAUGACUAAGGAUCCACCUAAGGUUCAAACUGUGGCCAUUGGAAAGUCAACUGAGGUUUGAGCUCUGAGUUUGAAUUGGACCUAUCGACAACAGAAGGACACCAUGAACUGUCACUGUAUAAAGGGGACUAUUAUAUCACAGUUACUGUACUCUACUUUUUCUAUUAUUUUUUUAUCUGACCACUAAAAUGUACUGUAUUUCACAUAUGUUCUUAUAUUGUUUUGCAAUGUAAACAUCUGCGUCUGAAUUGUGUUUGUGUUGUGUAAGACAAGUACAUUCAACAUGUAAUUAACCUUAGUGUUAUCUCAGAUUCAACAGGUUAUAGUGAAUUGCAAAAUGUCAAAGAAAUUGUUGCACGUGAUGCAAACAUCAUACCUGUCCUUGAGCGGUGCUCUGAUCUGGAGCGGCAGGUGUGAAUGUCACGCCAGGCUAGAGCAUGUUUUCUGCCAAGCUAAACCAAUAACACAUGAUCUCAGUAAACUGUGCAGGUAACAUUUUCAUAAAUACAGUGGUGAAUCAAUCAAUAAAUCAACUUCAACUGUCUUUUUAUGAAUACUGAAAAAAAAAUAUGAACGCAAUAUGUGAAGUGUUGGUCCCAUGUUUCGUCAGCUGAAGUAAAAAGAUCACAGAGAUUUCCAUACACACAAAAAGUUUAUUUCUCUCAUAUUUUGUGCACAAAUGUGUUUACAUCCCUGUUAGUGAGCAUUUAUCAUUUUCCAAGAUAAUCCAUCCACCUGACAGGUGUGUGUGAUAUCCUGAAGCUGAUUAAACAGAAGUAUCAUUACACAGGUGCACCUUGUGCUGGGGACAAUAAAAUGCCACUCUAAAAUGUGCUGUUUUGUCACACACCACAAUGCCACCGAUGUCUCAAGUUUUGAGGGAGCGUCCAAUUGGCAUGCUGACUGCAGGAAAGUCCACCAGAGCUGAUGCCAGAGAAUUUCCCUACCAUAAGCCGCCUCCAAAAUCGUUUUAGAGUAUUUGGCAGGAGGUCCAACUGGCAUCACAACCGCAGACCACGUGUAACCACUUACAGCCCAGGACCUCCACAUCCGGCUUCUUCACCUGCGGUAUCGUCUGAGACCAGUCACCCGGACAGCUGAGGAGUAUUUCUGUGUGUAAUAAAGCCCUUUUGUGGGGAAAAACCCAUUCUGAUUGGCUGGGCCAGCUCCCCAGUGGAUUGGGCCUGGCUCCCAUGUGGAUGGGCUUAUGCCCUCCCAGGCACACCCAAGGCUAGGCCCUUGCUCAGUCAGGUGAAAUCCAUAGAUUAGGGCCGAAUCAAUUUAUUUUAAUUGACUGAUUUCUUUAUAUGAACUGUAACUCGUUGAAAAUGUUGCAUGUUGCGUUUAUAUUUUUGUUCAGUAUAGAUAUCUUUAUUUUAUUGUUUUACUUUUGCAUGAAAUAUGCAGUUCUGGCAUGACAUUACAUUUACACCUGCCAUGCUUUAGACCAGACCACCCUAGGUAUGGUGCGUCACGUGCAAUAACAAUAUUACAAUAGCCCAAACUUGCAAACUAGUUUAAGCUAUUUGAUCGACAAACAUUGUUGUAUCAAAUGUGCAAGACCAAACAUCUUUUAACAGCAGAACCAUAAAUUGGUUCCAUGCCUUCCAUUCAGUAGGAGAGCCAUGACAAGAUCUGUCCAUGAUUUUUAAAUCUCAUGUUGAAUAGGGCUUCUCAGCUCAAUUAAAUGAACGUUAACUGGUGCUUGCUUGUAAUGUGUUUUAUUGGAUUUUAUUAGUACAGGUAUAAGCACAGUAUUGGACUGUUAUGACAAUAUGGCUAGUCUCGUAACAAGUUCAUAACGGUGUCCGAGACUAAUGAACAUUUCUCACUUUGAUUCCUCAACAUUAACAUCUUUUUACUCUUAUUUCCAUCUUGUUAGCUCAAUUUUUAUGUAUUAAAUUAUGAAACUGGUCAAAAUA